GCUCCCGCCCACGGCGCGACACCCGCUUCUGGGAACGGGGCCGCGGCGGCGUCUGCCCGCGGCGAGCGGAGGGCGGCAGCGCCCGGUGUGGCUGGGGAGACCAAGCGGAACGGGGUCUCCUCUCGUUUCCUCACCGCCGGUCUCGGGAGGCGGCGGCGGCCAGGGGAAGCGAGCCCGGGGGGGCCCCGGCAGCGGGCCCCGGCAGCGGGGCGGCCCCGCCCCGAGGCAAGACCAUGCCGGUGAAGAAGAAGAGGAAGUCCUCGGGGGCGGCGGCGGCGGACGAGACCGGCCUCAAGAAAUGUAAACUCGGCAGUGAAUUAGAGGGAUUGGUCAUCACACUGGAAAACAAGAGCAGAUCACAAGCAUCUGGUAAAGUAAUAAGUGGAGAGGAACAUUUUUCGAGCAAGAAGUGCCUGGCUUGGUUUUAUGAAUAUGCAGGUCCUGAUGAAGUUGUAGGCCCUGAAGGAAUGGAAAAAUUCUGUGAAGACAUCGGUGUUGAACCUGAAAACAUUAUUAUGUUAGUUUUAGCCUGGAAACUAGAGGCUGAAAGCAUGGGAUUUUUUACCAAGGAAGAAUGGUUAAAAGGAAUGACCUCAUUACAGUGUGACUGUACAGAAAAAUUACAGAGUAAGUUUGACUUCUUACGGUCACAGUUGAAUGACAUUUCAUCCUUUAAGAAUAUCUACAGAUACGCCUUUGAUUUUGCAAGGGAAAAAGACCAGCGAAGUCUUGAUAUUGAUACUGCAAAGUCCAUGUUAGCUCUUCUGCUUGGAAGAACUUGGCCACUGUUUUCAGUAUUUUAUCAAUACCUGGAGCAAUCGAAGUAUAGAGUUAUGAACAAGGAUCAGUGGUACAAUGUACUAGAGUUCAGUAGAACUGUCCACGCAGAUCUUAGCAACUAUGAUGAAGAUGGUGCAUGGCCUGUACUUCUGGAUGAAUUUGUUGAAUGGCAGAAAGUUCGUCAAGCGUCAUAGCAAGAAUUCAAAAGAAAAUGCAAAAGUUUUUUUUUGGUGCCUGCCUGUACACAAAGUAAUGAGAAAAACAAAGGAUUGCAUUUUCAUUCAUAAGAAAGACUUUACAGUAAUUUUUUUUUCCUUUUUUAAGGAGACUUUCUUGUUACAUGUGAUAUGGGCAUUGAACCACACCUCUUCUGAGACUGAAAGUUGGAGUUCUUGUUUUGAGUCUUAUGUUUAUAGCAUUUAUUUCAGAACAAUAAAGAUUCAGAUUUGUGACUAAG